AUGGGUCUGGCCGGCGAUGUUGGCUCGAGCAUCGUGUGCCUGAGGCAACCACACAACUGCGCAACUGCGCGCAAGCCGGCGGAAAACUCAUUACUCGGCAUCUACGCAAGAAAGUCGCACUCCGCGCAACCUAUGGAUGGCAAUAUUCACCCUGACUCAACUAAGGCAUCGAGCAGAGCAAUAUAUAGUGGGUGUACCGCCCUUGAAAAUGGUAGAAAUAUCCUAGACACCUGUCAAUCAGUACUCGCCUACACUCUUGGCAUACCUGUCCAGUCCCGCAACGCUGCACGAUCGUAUCGCAACCGGAAGCUUGACCGCGCAAGACGCAUCGGAGAGAAGACGGGAAACGGAGAAGACCAUACGGCGUUUGCUCAGUGGGUUGCAAGCCGGAGCGGACGGGGGAGGGGAUGCGACCGCUGUGGUGAACGGAUCUGUUGGGCAGCCGUGAGGACGGAAGAUGGACUAUCGCAACGGGUGUUUCUCACGGACGGAUAG